AGAUAACCUUUCAGAUAGUUUGGUUCUCAGUGUUCAGUUCCUCAGUCGAGCCUGAGAUUUCCCAACCUAACAAAAUUUUCUACACAUUUUUUGGCCAGAUACAAAUUGGUUAGGAUGACGCAUCCCGGUUCAAGCAGUGGCAAGCACGCUCCCCGUCCCCAUAGGCACCAUCAUCACAGGAUGCCAGAAGCCGAACACAGGCGGACAGAGCGAGUUAUCUCGCCGCAGCAGGCGAUGGCGCCCGCGAAUAUGGCCGCCACUUCCAUGCCUGUGGCCAGUCCCAUUGAUGAACGGAUCCAUCCCUCGGAGGACACUUUGACACUGGCCGCGGCUGUGGCCGCCUCCAUACCGGCCGCACCGCUGGCACCCGCGCCAGCUGUGGCGGUGCCUGUGGCCCAGGUGUCGCCCACACAAACGCCAGCCCCAGCGGCUGCCCUCGAGACUGCGCAGGCGCAGGCGGAGACUGGGGCGGCGCCGUUGGAGAGACGCGGCAUUCUCCAGCGUCUCUUUGGCUGGAACUAGCGACGCCCUCCCAUUUUGAAUACAUCAAAAUUACCAUAGUUGCAGGAUAAUCAAAGGCUACCCGCCGCUUGAGGCUCGAAUAAACAGAAAAAACAAAGGCAGAGCCACCACAAA